AUGAAUCCCAUGGAUCCUAUAGAUCAUCAGGGGGAGAGGCCCCCGGGGGGCGAAGCCGCUUCUUCGGCGCAGAAGGAUAAAUGUAAAGAGAAACACACCAAUGAUGAGCUCGUUACGCAGGACUCGAAUGAACUCAGUAGGAGGAAUACCAGGAAGACCAAGCGGAAUGGGACCAUUUCGGCGUACUCGCCGGCGCACAUCUCGGAGCCGGUGUACCAGUGGGAGGUUUCCAGCAACGAUCGUAUCUUCUACGACAAGAUGAACGAUCUGAUCAUCCACCAGAAUGUCGCCGCGAAGGCGCUUCUCGUAACGGACAUAAAGAAAGUCAAAGAAAACUACCAGGCCGUGUACGUGAAGUUCGAUUCAGACAUGUGUGAAAAUAUAACCUUCGCUCCAAACACCACUUUCUUCCUCUACCAUUCGAGCAACCCCAACAGGAUUCAGAUCUCCGACAUUCUCAACAACCACAAUAUAUAUUUGAAUGUAUGCAUAAACAAGCUGAGUGAGUGUAAAAUUUUGGCUACCUUUUGGUUACCCGGGCGGGGGAAGGUGGCCGGAGAAUCCGACACAGGGGGGUCUUCUGCCGCGUCUGCCAUAUCGGCUGUGUCUGCCUUAUCUGCUGUGUCUGCGAUAUCUGCUGUAUCUGUCGCUUCCCCCGUCUCCGUCACCUCCGCCGCUUCCUCCCCCUCGGCCGACUUCGCCGUCGUGACGAACCACGCAGUGGAGAUUUUCCACCUCUCCUUCGACAAUUUAACCAUUACGCCCCUGAAGAAACACCUAAUGAAGAGCGAGCACUGCUGGUACGACGAAAGCAGCUCCUACAUCGCCCUGCUAUCCAGCACACACAAAACGCAUGUCAUCUUCCCCUACCUCCUAAACAACAGCAAUGCAAUUAAGUUGCAAAAAAUCGAAUUAAACAUCCCCAAGACGGAUCCAAUAAGUAAAAACGAUAUAGAGAUUCUUACUCUCUAUGAUGAGUCGUACUGCAUCCAUAAGGAUUACAAAAAUGGAAGGAUCUCCUUCCGAUGCUUGUCCUCUUCUUUAUGCUUCGACUAUGUACUGGACCUGUUUUGCAACGGAGUACUAGACAUAUUCUCUGUGGACAACAUUUUUGGUGUUUUCAAUUACUCCAAUGAGAAGGUAUACCUGUUUGAUAUAAAGUAUCAGAAGAGAAAGAAGAGCAGCCUGAUUAGCUCCUUGUCCGAGGAUAUGACCACGAGCCAUACCAUUAACAUUGCGUACUUGACGUCUCCGAAGCACUUUAGGACGCAGCUUGUGCUCAGUCAUAUUUCUUUUCAUCCCUUUAAUGUCUUGAUGGAUAACCAAUACGGAAAUGUGUACAAGAUCCGUGUGGACUAUGACCUGUUGAUGCUUCAGAUCUGCCAGCACUUCGCCAAUUUGAACACCUCCGUGGACGUGCUCCUGCGCAGACCCAACUGUAAAAGACGAAUCACCGAAAUGUUUUUCAUGUCACUGGAGAACGACAUCCAGAUGGAGGACUUCCUCAUCAUCGUCAAUAUCAUUAACUUCAAUUACCGCAAACUUAUUGAGCAGUCUGCAAAGAAAAGAAGCCCCCCCCACUCUGUGAGGAGAGCUAACCAGAAAAUCAUUCAACCUGUAGACGACAUCCUUAAAAAUUUAGGAAGCAAAACUCUCAUCACGGAGAGGGACAUCGUCACGGAUGUCUUUCAUGCCUUCAUCAUUAAGAAGUAUGGCCUCGACAAAAAGGAGACUCUUUUCAAUUUCUCCCUUAACUUUCGCCAAAUGGAGAAGGCCAAGCGACAGAGGAGAAGGGGCCUCGGCGGACGAAGCGACCAUAACGAUAAGUACAUGCUAAAGUACAGAAUAAGGAGGAAUACUCCCGCUGAGGUCGAGGCUGUUCCUACUCCCGCUGAGGUCGAGGCUGGUGCUACUUCCGCUUCAAUAGAGGCUAGGGCUACCCCCGCUGCUAUCGAAGAAAGCGCCCUUGCCGCCGACGAGUACAGACUCACGCUCAGCUACUCCGAGCUCCACAGCUUGCCCAUGUUCCUCCUCUACGUCCUGGAAUAUAUGAAAUCGCUUCUCUCCUUGAACAUCAUUCCGAACAGGAUCCUGCAGACCUUCCUCUUCGACAUAUGUAUCUUUUACCAGCAGGAUAAUUGUCUCCGUCAGUUGCUCCAGUUUUACGUCAUAGCUGACUCGAUCGAAGUGACAAAGCGGCUUUUUCAUUACUGGAAGUUGACUCAGCACACUUGGGCUUAUCAGCUCUGUCUGGACAUGUCCCUACGAUUAGGCGAAUACGAAAUGGUCCUUCACCUCUUCCUCUCGGCAAACAGAUACAUAAGAAUCAUCGAUUUCAUAAGGAGCCAUAACCUCCUUGAUUAUCCCAUUUCAGUCAUUUUUCAAGCCAUAGAAAAUGACUUCGACUCUCCCGACAAAUACAUUAUAUUUAACCACGUCCUUCGAUCGCUCAGCCGUUGGAUUGGGUACGUCAUGAGGAGGGGGGCACUUAUGGAGACCUUUCUUGAGACCGCUCCCUUGAGAUCACUAUGGUGA